AAGGAGAGAGAGGUCUGACGAUGCGGUGGGAGAUGUGAAGCCUGUGCGCUGUCGCUGAGACAUGCGCAACAGCUGCAGCACCGUCGUCGUCGUCGUCGCGCUGCGUUCACGCUCUGGUUGAACGGCGCACACGGCAGAAAGGGGAGGGGAGGGACGCCGACAGGGAAGCGCUGAGCCUCCGCGUCGCAUUGGGGCACGGCACGGAGGAAAUCCACCGACGCACCACGGAGCGGACCUAUGCGCUGCGCGGAGAGCCUUUUCCAGCAUGGAGACUGCGCUCAAACACAAACACUGAAAUUGUAAAAAGGAGAAAAAAAGAAGAAGAAGAAAAAAUGAAGAAGUUCAACAUUCGGAAGGUGCUGGACGGAUUGAAAGAGGUGUCCUCCCCCACCCCGUCUGUGCAAGUGGGGCCACAGGAGAACCAUCUGAUCCAGGAGAGCCUCCAGUCCGAGCAUUUCCAGCUCUGCAAGACUGUCCGUCAUGGCUUCCCCUACCAGCCGUCCUCUAUGGCUUUCGAUCCCGUGCAAAAGAUCCUGGCCAUCGGCACGCAGAGCGGGGCGCUCAGAUUGUUUGGACGACCAGGUGUGGAGUGUUACUGUCAGCAUGAGAGCGGAGCAGCCGUCAUCCAGUUACAGUUUCUCAUCAAUGAGGGGGCGCUGGUGAGCGCACUGGCUGAUGACAGUGUCCACUUGUGGAACCUGAGGCAGAAGAGGCCGGCCAUCCUCCACUCACUCAAGUUCAACAGAGAAAGAAUAACUUUCUGCCACCUGCCCUUCCAGAGUAAAUGGUUGUACAUCGGCACGGAACGGGGGAACAUCCACAUCGUCAACGUGGAGUCCUUCAUGCUCUCAGGCUACGUCAUCAUGUGGAACAAAGCCAUUGAACUGUCCUCUAAGGCUCAUCCUGGUCCAGUUGUCCACAUAAGUGACAACCCCAUGGAUGAAGGAAAGCUUAUAAUUGGAUUUGAGGCCGGUAUCGUUGUCCUAUGGGAUCUGAAAUCAAAGAAAGCAGACUAUCGCUACACCUACGAUGAGGCAAUCCACUCAGUUGCCUGGCAUCACGAGGGCAAGCAGUUCAUUUGUAGUCACUCAGAUGGAACUCUGACCAUAUGGAACGUCAGAGGCCAGGGCAAGCCCAUACAGACAAUCACCCCACAUGGCAAACAGCCCAAGGACGGGAAGAAGCCAGAGCCUUGUAAACCCAUUCUCAAAGUGGAGUACAAAACCACUCGAACUGGGGACCCCUAUAUAAUCCUGUCUGGUGGUCUGUCCUAUGACACGGUGGGACGGCGACCGUGUUUGACGGUUAUGCACGGGAAGAGUACUGCUGUACUGGAAAUGGACUACCCUAUAGUCGACUUCCUCACACUCUGUGAGACACCGUACCCAAAUGAUUUUCAGGAACCUUACGCUGUAGUGGUCCUUUUAGAAAAGGAUUUAGUGGUGAUCGAUCUUGCACAAAAUGGUUACCCUAUAUUUGAGAACCCAUAUCCUCUAACCAUCCAUGAGUCUCCUGUGACCUGCUGUGAGUACUUUGCCGACUGCCCUGUGGACCUCAUACCUGCACUUUACUCUGUUGGCUCGCGACAGAAACGACAGGGCUACAGCAAAAAGGAAUGGCCCAUUAGCGGUGGAAACUGGGGUCAAGGCACACAAAACUACCCAGAGAUCAUCAUCACCGGACAUGCUGAUGGAACUGUGAAGUUCUGGGAUGCUUCUGCAAUAAUGCUCCAGGUGCUCUAUAAGCUCAAAACAGCCAAGGUGUUUGACAGAAACCGGUCAAAAGAGGACAAAGGCAGCACCGAGCUGGCAGAUGAGGAUCCCUUUGCCAUUCAGAUCAUGGCUUGGUGCCCUGAGAGCCGGAUGCUGUGUGUAGCCGGAGUGUCAGCAAACAUUAUCAUCUACCGCUUCAGCAAGCUUGAAGUAGCCACUGAGGUGGUCCAGCUACUGGAGGUGCGCUUGCAGUAUGAGCUGAAUGAGUUGGAGUCUCCGGAGGGUGAACACAUCACGUUCCUUUCCACCCCUGGCGUCUCCCCUCAGACGAGCGGGCCGCCGUCGCACCCCUCCACCAGCAGCAGCAACUCUGACGGCGGAAACAUUCCCUGCCUCAAAGUACGCAGUACUCCCCUGAAGCAGACUCCAGGUUACCAGGUGGAUUUGGUGGUGCAGUUAGUGUGGGUGUGUGGAGAACCUCCUCAGCAGAUCUCAAGUCUGGCGGUCAAUUCGUCUCACGGCCUGGUGGUGUUUGGCAACAGUAACGGUCUGGCGGUGGUGGACUACAUCCAGAAGACAGUCGUGCUAAACUUGGGGACACUUGAGCUGUAUGGCUGCAAUGACCCUUACCAGAGACAACCACGCUCCCCGCGAAGGACACGACAGCCCUCUGGAGGUCUGUUCGACAUCAACGAGGGCUCGGCGACAUCGGAGGACCGCUGCAAGUCACCAACUUCAGUGCUGAUGCCAAACAGCAAUCUCCAUCAUUUCUACAAUGGAGGUGGUAGAGGAGCAAAGAUGUCACGGAAAUUAAGCUUGCCUACUGAGCUAAAGCCAGACUUGGUUCUCCUGUCUGUAUGCCCGCCGCGGAGUGCCAACCCACUAGACCACCGGGACAAUUCCUUCAGCCGCUCAUGCUCCUCCAGCGUCACCAGCAUCGAUAAGGAAGCUCGCGAAGCCGUCACCUCCUUCCACUUCUGUGAGACAUUUGUCCGGAGAGGUGACAGCACUUUGACCCCCUGCCUGUAUGUGGGUACCUCUCUAGGCACCGUGCUGCUUGUGGCCAUCACGUUACCACCUCCCGGGGAGCAACGGCAGCUCCGACCAGUGCACAUGUCACCCACAGGCAUGUUGGUCCGACUAAAAGGGAGCGUCUUGCGGAUGGCUUUGCUGGACUCUUUGGGCUCUCUGCUGCCCCCUGCUUUUGAGCCUUGGUAUGAACCCAACAUUUCUGCAGACAGUGAAGAAAGAGAGAAGGUCCGGAAGCGCCGUCCCGUCUCAGUGUCCCCUUCCACCUCCCAGGACUUCAGCGAGAACCAGUACGCUGUGUUGUGUUCAGAAAAACAGGCCAAAGUCAUUUCCCUGCCCUCCCAGAUCUGCAUCUACAAACACAGUAUCACAGAGACCUCUUUCAUCCUGCGGGCAGACGUGGUGCAGAUGAGCCAAGGAGUCUGCGUGGCAUGUUUCUGUGCCAACGGACACAUCAUGACCCUCAGUUUGCCAGGACUGAGACCACUCAUGGAUGUCAACUACCUGCCUUUGACAGACAUGCGGAUAGCCAGGACAUUCUGCUUCACCAACCUGGGUCAGGCCAUGUACCUCAGCUCCCCCACUGAGAUCCAGAGGAUCACGUACAGCCUGGAAACCUGUGAGAACCUACAGGAGCUGCUGGGAGAACUGUUUACACCAGUAGAGACUCCAGAGGCCCCCAACAGAGGUUUCUUCAAAGGCCUCUUUGGGGGAGGAACACAGUCGCUGGAUAGAGAGGAGCUGUUUGGUGAGGUAACAGCUGGAAGGGCCUCCAAAAGCCUGGCCCAGCACAUCCCAGGCCCGGGUGGCAUUGAGGGUAUGAAGGGGGCAGCCUCCGGCGUGGUGGGAGAUCUAGCACGUGCCCGGAUAGCGCUGGAUGAGAGAGGACAGAAACUAGGGGAGCUGGAAGAGAGGACGGCGGCCAUGAUGGCCAGUGCAGACUCUUUUUCCAAACACGCCCAUGAUAUGAUGUUGAAGUGCAAAGACAAAAAGUGGUACCAGUUCUGAUGAGUGACGUUGGAGGAGCAGAGCUCCGUUCCUCACGUUCACCUUCCAUCAGUUCGUUUUUGGACUCGCCCUGCCCUGACGCCUCUCUCGCUCUUGUGUCCAUCCAGUCGUCUGUUCCUCUGAGCCUUCUCUGCUGGGACAUGUGGGAUUUGUUCCCAAGCACAAUUACAAAAA